GCGAAUAAAACAGCGUAGACAAGAGCUUUUCGCGGUAACGUAGCUAUCGCGUUAAUAUGGCUAUUGACCAUCAAAGGGUCGCCUAAAUAUGACGUCGCUACACGACCUUUUUAAAAUGGAUGCUAGAAGGCAUCGAUGUCGUUAUAGCAUCAUGUCUCAGACUCUCAGUAAAGGAAAACGAUUUGCCUGCAUCAACCCCAAGCAGAACAUUUCUGACUUCCCUGCUUUGAAGGACUGUCUGCCAGGCAGGUAUGAUUACCAUGUAUGUGAUUAUAAAACAUUAAGUGAGACAGGUGAUCAUAUUAACUAUAGGGCCAUUCUUCGGAUGGCCUUGUACACAGAGUAUGAUAUAAAGCUGUGGCUGAAAAGUCACACAGUCACCUGGAGGGUGGACCGAACAUAUCCAAGAAAGGGCCAGAAAGUACUUUUCAAGGUGGACUUCAGAUGCCAACGCAAUACGAGACCUCGCAAUGAAAACGCGGCAGGCAGAAGAAGCCAGAUUACAAACUGCUCUGCUAAGAUGACUGUGACACUACUACGCACUCAAGUGAGCAGAGGCAGGCAGAGUCUAAGCAAGGACCCUCACGUGCCUACCUUCCCCACAAUCGUGUCCAUCUGCAGUGACCACAACCACAACGUCUAUGUGGCUGAUGCACUGAGCCACUGUGAUGUUGGGGAUGAUACAAAAGCUAAACUGAACAAGCUUUUUGAAGCAGGACGCUGCCCAAGUUCAGCCUUAGAUGAGCUGAAGUACGAUCUAUCCCCGCAGACCCUAUCUUGCCAAUCCCCCUCUUUAUCACAUCAAGAUGCUGCAGCAGGAUUUGCUGAAAUGUGCCAGGAGCUGUCAGCCAUGGUCAACAGCGACGCAUCUUUUACAGCCUCCUCAAUAGCUGCAGUAAAGGCCUUUAAAACAAUAAAAGACGAUCCGUCAAAGAUCAUGACAGCCUUACAUAUGUUUGGCCGCUCAAAAAACACCAGCUUGGCAUCUGUAAGAACUGGAGCCAUCCGUAGGGCAGCCAGGCAUGCUGGCCCUACUAUUCAUGCACAACCAACAGCAGUGGCGAGACGUCCUGCCAAGGUAACGGCAGGACAUGACCAUGUUUACAGCCAGCCAGCCAGUCAAGAGGGUCCGAACACAAGCUCCCCAUUAUCCGGCGCACUCUGGGUCGGAGCGCAAAAGCCACCCAGAAUGAAAGAAUGAAUUGCCAAUCUGUCAUCUUUCUAAAACACACACACACACACACACACACACACACACACACACACACACACACAGUUUGUUUGUAUUUGGCUUCUUUAUUAAACACUUUUAAUGUGUUUAGUGUUUAAGUCUCAAUUGUUUCUUCUCACCCAGAUUAAAGGUGCAGUAAGUGAUGCUGCACAAAGAUUGUUGGUAUUUGAACUCAACUGGCAAACAAAUACACCUCUCACAUCCAGAAAACAGUGUGGAAAGUGGGGACAGUAAUGUAAUCCGACAAUGUUUUUAUGGUUUAUGAAUUGGUUGUUGGUAGGCUUUUGCCUGGGAACCUAUUUAAGAAGCUACUGCACUGCUGUCCUAUUUGAACUGUGUUUUUUUUUAGCAGACUGGUCUGGGCAGAGGGCACACAUGAGUGGAAGAUCACAGAGGCUAAGACUGACGCUAGCUACGUUUGAAUUGAUUGCACAGAUUAUAAAGCUGUAAUGUUUUUGAAUUUAGAGUUAAUUGCAGUAAGUGGGUUUUGAGAGUGUGAAAUGUGUACUUUCCUCCAUAAGUAAAGAUUCCUGUGUUUGAUAACUUA